CCGCCCCCGCCCCAGCUCCUCUCCGUCGCGCCCAUGAUGGACUACACCACCGCGCACUUCAGGCACCUCUGCCGCCUGCUGUCGCGGCACACGUGGCUGUACACGGAGAUGGAGGUGGACCAGACCCUGGUGCACACGGACCAUCCGCGGCUGGACCGCUACCUCGACUUUCCCACGGCGACGCACCCCAGCGUCUUGCAGCUGGGCGGCUCGGAUCCGGAGACGAUGGCGCGCGCGACGGCGGUGGCGGCGCCGUACGGCUACGACGAGAUCAACCUCAACUGUGGGUGCCCCUCGCCGAAGGUGGCGGGCAAGGGCGCCUUCGGUGCCGCGCUCAUGCUGGAGCCCGAACUGGUCAGGGACGUCGUCGCGGCGAUGAGGGAAAACAGCGGCGGCGCCCCGGUGACGGUGAAGUGCCGCAUCGGCGUGGACGACCACGACUCGUACGACGAUCUCUGCAGGUUCGUGGAGACGGUGGCGUGCGCGAUGGUCCCGACGCGGACGGACGGCAGGCCGUUGUUCGCGAUACACGCGAGGAAGGCGCUGCUCGCGGGUCUAUCCCCGGCGGAGAACCGGACGGUGCCGCCGCUUCGGUACGAGUGGGCGUACGCCCUCGCGAGGGACUUUCCCGAGGUGGCAUUCGUCGUCAACGGCGGCAUCGACACGCUCGAGGAGGCGGCGGAGGUUGCGCGCGGGGUCGGGGUGCCGACGGGCGGGGGUCGGCUGGUCGGGACGAUGAUCGGGAGGGCGGUUCACGCGGAUCCGUGGGGCGUCCUGAGCGACGCGGACGUGAGGGUGUUCGGGGCCGAGUCCAACCCGCGGACGUCCAGGCGCGACCUGCUGAACGAGUACGUCAAGUACUGCGACGCGACGCGCGGGCGUUUCGGGACGACGAAGGACGGGUACUCGGUGCCGAGCACGCGGCACCUCAUGCACCCGCUGCAGAAUUUGUUUUUGGGCGAGCCCAACGCGAAGGUUUGGCGUCGCCGCGUCGACGAGGCGCUCAAGGAGGACGCCAGGAACCCGGACGUGACGGUGGGGGAUAUCCUAGAGCGGACCCUCGGGGUGCUGUCGGACGAGACGCUGGACGCGCCGCCGGGAGAUGGAAGCACGAACGCGAGGCACGGGGUUAAGAGGAGCGGGGUGACGCUCGGGAAUCUGCCGCCGAUGCCGACGCGAGGCGCGCUUGUUCCCGCGAGCCGAUAA